AUGUCCCAACCACAAGUUGCCCGAUUUCUUGCUGAACUUCGGGAUGCUCUUGGGAAGCUGGAAUCGCUCCCUAUGCCUACCAUUGCUGCUAUUGAUGGACCUGCACUCGGUGGAGGAUUAGAAAUGAGUCUGGCAUGCGAUUUACGCGUAGCAGGUGGGCUUUUGCCAACACGUCUUCAUGAGUAUGAAAGUAACAAGGUUAACUUUCAAGGACAUAAUGUAACAAAGAUCGGCUUGCCCGAAACUAGCCUUGGAAUUAUACCAGGAGCAGGUGGGACUCAAAGAGCGACCCGAAUUCUAGGGCCUUCAAGGGCCAAAGAUUUGAUAUUUACAGCACGAACCUUAACGGCCACGGAGGCUUUGGAUUGGGGGCUUAUUAAUUAUGUAUCUUCUUCCAGUCAGACGGCAGUGGAACGUUCUCUUGUGCUGGCAGAAGCCAUCGUCAAGAACGCUCCUCUGGCUCUUCGUGCAGCCAAACAGGCUAUUUCACGGUCAGAAGACUUGCCAUUGGAAACAGGGCUUGACUUUGAGCGUGCCUCCUAUGAAACAUUGCUUACCACACGAGAUCGUACGGAAGCGCUAGAUGCAUUCCGAGAGAAGAGACGUCCUCAGUUCAAAGGAGAAUAA